GCAACCAACCAAGUUCCCACCCAUGCGACCAUGCAGUAGCCUAUUAUGUAAGCAAUACAGCCGAACUUUACCCAGCCCACCGUCGAAACGCAGCCCCCUACCAAACUCAUCUCCGUCAUGUCCUCGUUUGCAAAGGCACUGUCGCCUACCAUUCGUGAGGUCCGAAUCCUGUUUUGUCAGUCGGGACUGGCCUCUGAAGGCACGCGUCAAUUUGUCCUUGCAAACUACCCUGUCAUCAAGAAACACAACCCAGACCUACCCAUUCUGAUCAGGGAGGCGAACGGAACACCAGCACGCGUUUUUGCACGUUUUGGGCGUGGUGUGGAAAAACACGUUGAACUAGAUAAUCUAUCUACAGGGGAUGUAGCCUCUAGAGUGGCCCAUCUUUUGAACGGGUCAUGACCACUUCGCUACCCUGUCGCCCACCGAAAUGAGACGCCGUUGUUUACAAUGUAUAGCCGGGUGUGACACGCGGAAACAACUUCGCAGUUCGGAAGUCAGAUAGUGUGGAUGGCUCUGACAUGGCUGUUCCUCGAUACUCGUCUCGUACAGGAUUCGUUGCAUUUCAAGCGAGGCGUUGUGGAACGCCUGUUUGCGCUAACAUGGG